AUGGCAGGUAAGCGGCCUAAACAAGAACCCGGUACCUACGGAUGCUCUCUGUGUAACAGAGAUGAUGGAGUACAGUGGUAUUAUCCCGACUCUCAGGAGAUUUUAUGUGACCGGUGCAAUGAGGUCCAUGCACGUGGAAAGAAAUCGAAAAGUGAUCGCGUCAACGUCGGAGAGUCUAAACUGGGCGACAAGCCUGUACCAGAGACGUGCACAACACAUGCCGGUAAACUAUGCGACAUGUACUGUUGCGAUUGUAACACUUUGAUGUGUUUGAUGUGCUUUUCUCAAACACAUAAACAACACAAUUGGAAACUUUUAGAAGACGAGUUUUCUUGCAAAAAGGAACAACUGAAAGCACAAGUGACAAUAAUUUCAGCUAAAAUCGCACAUUAUCAGAAUGAGACGUUGAAUCGCCAUUGUACCAGCAAAGCGUUUAAAGACAACAUAGACUCAAUACGGGAACAGGUGAACGCUCGGAGGACAAGACUGAAAGCCGAAGUAGAUUAUGUCGCAGAUGCAGUUUUAGAUGAGUUAUCGACACUGGAGGAAGAUGAAUCAGAAGUACAACAAACAGCUUGUCAAAAAGCGGAGGAAAAAGUGGCAGAACUGACAUUCAUGCAUGAAAAAGCAGUGACACACAUGUCAAGUGUAUCCAUGUUUGAAACAGAAAGGUUGUUGAGGAGGACUCUGCCCCUCUAUGAUACUGAUGUGGAGAUUGAUUUACCCAAACCACCGUUGUUUUUCCCUGAAAGUAUCAACCGCUUAACGUUGGCGAAAAUGUUAGGUCAAGUACACAAGGAAAAACAAUACAAGAAGAUGGAAAUUGAGAGCAAACAUGUUCAGUGCCUCUCUAAGUUUACUGUAACUGCUCCAAGCAAGCAAAUAUUGGGUAUAUGUCCAGUGGAUGACAACCAUGCAUGGUUAUCUAUUCUUCACUACAAGGGUCUGACACUAGUCGACAGGAAAGGCACUGUUACAGACAAAGUAGAACUGGACUUCUGUCCAUAUCGAAUGGCCAUGGUUGGACAAACAGACAUACUUAUGACCAGUAUUCCGUCCGAUGGAUUUGUGUAUAAGUUAUCACGGUGCACAAAACAAGUGACAGUGUUUGCCCACAUCGAUCAACGUGAAAUCCAGGACAUCAGUAUCAAUGAAAUUGGUGAGGUGCUUAUUAGUAACAAUACUUCAGAAAUAGUUGUGCUGAAUCAGUCCGGUAAAGUUUCAAGGAAAUUCACUUGUGGGUUCUCAGGAUUGAACAUUACUUGUUUGUCAUCCAGGCGCCUGGGCAUAACUGUACAUGUCACAGAUAGAUUUGUUGCAGAAAACUUGAUGAUAACAGAUGAGUCUGGUUUGGUCUUACAAACCUGGACCGGUGAACUCAGGAGCGGACAAAAGAUCAGAAGUAAACAUCUCUGCAAGAUGUCGUGCGACAAGUAUGACAGACUGUAUAUCCCAGACUACAAAAACAAUCAGGUGUAUGUCCUACCAAAAGAUAGCAGAAUGGCCUCGUGUCUUCUGGACAAGACACACUUGGUGAUCAGACCUACCGUGGUAGAAGUGGACAUGUGUGGGCAUGUGUGGAUUGGGUGUAUGGAUGGUACUGUACACAUCAUGCAACUGCAGCAAUGA